CCAAUCACACCAAGACACAGUUGAAAAGACAAAAGUAGGUGGUUGAUUUUGGAGUUGCCAGAAUGGUGUCUUUAUAUACAAAAUGUCCUCCUGCCUGAGAGUGUCUCGAUUCAAAACAGAACUUGGUUUUACUUAUGGCAGAGCCCUUGAUUCCCACUGUAGAUCUCUCACCUUUCACCAAAAAUGAUGAAGAUGGCAAGAAAAAGGCCAUGGAAGUCAUUACCAAGGCGUGUUCCGAGUAUGGGUUCUUCCAAAUUGUGAACCAUGGUGUCCCCAUAAACUUGCUGCAACGAGCCCUGGAGCUCUCCAAAGUUUUCUUCGAGUAUCCUUCUGACGAGAAACUGAAAAGCAGUCCAGCCUCAAAUGCACCACUUCCUGCUGGUUACAACACACAGCCCCAACAAUCGCCUGACAAGAAUGAGUAUCUAUUGAUGUUUCCACCAGGAUCUACCUUCAAUGUUUUCCCUCAAAACCCACCUGAUUUCAAACGUGUGUUGGAAGAUGUUUUCUCCAAGUUGAGAGAAACAGGUCUACUUGUGGAGACGAUUGUGAAUCAGUGCUUGGGUCUCCCUCCUAAUUUCCUCAAAGAAUACAAUCAUGAUCGGAGCUGGGAUUUCAUGGUAGCACUUCGUUACUUCCCAGCUACUGAAUCUGAGAACAAUGGACUAACAGAACAUGAAGAUUCAAAUUGCAUCAGCUUGGUGUUCCAGGACGAAGCAGGUGGUUUAGAAGUUCGUAAGGAUGGGGAAUGGAUCCCUGUGAUCCCUGCAAAAGGCACAUUAGUGGUCAACAUAAGCGAUGUUAUUCAGGUAUUGAGCAACAAUAAAUUCAAAAGCGCGACACACAGAGUGGUGAGGCCUAAAGGAAGAAGCAGAUACUCUUUUGCUUUCUUCUAUAACUUGCAGGGAGAUAAAUGGGUUGAACCAUUGCCACACUUCACUAAAGACAUCGGCGAGUCACCCAAAUACAGAGGUUUUCAAUACAGUGAGUACUUGCAGUUGAGGCUGAGGAACAAGACUCAUCCUCCCACUACGCCUGAAGAUGAAAUCCGGAUCACCCAUUAUAAUAUUACUUCUUAACUCGAAUAAUCCACUUUCAUAUCUGUAUUUGUUUGCUUGAGGAUGAAAAAAAAUUAAGUUAUUUUUAUUUUAAAUGUUUCGAGUUUUAUAUUAUUUUAACUUGAGACGUUGAUUGGGUUUGUAUAACUAUUCACUUUUGGUUAUUUGGUUUGGUUCAAUAUAUUUAGAAUCCAUCACUUUUUAGUUA